GGUCACAUGAUGUUUGUGAGCCGCUCCUGGAAACAUUUUCCUGAAACGUUCAUCACACGGGAAAUAGAACAGCAGAGAUGCAGUGAUCCUGCAGUGAGGAUGAUCAGUAACACACACACACACACACACACACCAUCACUGCAGUUACUGAGGAUCCGGUGGGUCUGUGAGUGCGUGUGUUUCAUCUGAUGAAGAUGAUGAUGGACCGACAGGAGGAGGAAGAGCAGGACACAGUGUGUAGUGUGACCGAAGACAUUGUGUGUGUGGAUGAACAGACGGUCCAGCGACUGACAGACGGAUUCUUGUCUCACUACCUGCCAGAGCUGGACACAUCUAAACGGGCCCUGCAGGAACUCACACAAAAUCAAGUGAUCUUGCUUGAUACUCUGGAGCAGGAAGUCACAAAAUUCCGCGACUGCAACACCAUGGUUGAUCUGAACGCGCUGUUCACAGAGGCCAAAGUUUAUCACAGCAAACUGGUGAAUAUUCGCAAGGAAAUGAUCGUUCUGCACGACAAGACCAGCAGACUGAAGAAGCGAGCGCUGAAACUGCAGCAGCACAAACAGAAGGAGGAGCUAGAGAGAGAACAGCAGAGAGAGAGAGAGAUGGAGAGAGAGAGACGACUGACUGCUAAACCAGCCAAACGCACCGACAACUGAAACACACACACACACACACACACAUACACACACACACAACAGCAGAGAGAGAGAGAGAGAUGGAGAGAGAGACGACUGACUGCUAAACCAGCCAAACGCACCGACAACUGAACACACACACACACACACACACACACACACUCACAUACAGAACAGCAGAGAGAGAAAGAUGGCUCAUUGACAAACCAGCCAAACGCACUGAUGCCUGAACACACACACACAAACACACACACACAAACAACUGGAGAGAGAGAAUUGCCAAAUGCACCAACAUCUGAACACACACAAACACACAGAACUGGAGAGAGAGAGAGAGAGAGAGCGAGAGAGAUUGCCAAACGCAACAGUGUCUGAAACACACACACACACACACACACACACAGGUGAUUUUCAGGAUUUUAUCAGGAUUAAACACACAGCUGUAUCUCAUAUUUGACUCUUCAUCAUCAUCAUCAUCAUCAUCAUCAUCAUCAUCAUCAUCAUCAUCAUCCUGUGCAUUCCUCUCCAGAUAAAUAAAUGUGAUAAUAAUAAUAAUAAAAGUGUUUGUCUUCAUAA